AUGCUCUCAAAGCCCCGCAGAAGAGCUCUUCCAAUAACCAUCGAUGAGGAGAACACCGCUAAUGGUGUCAAACGAGAUAAACAGAUCAUUCUUCGGAGCGAACGCUCGACCACUGCCACCCAAAUGACUCGAAUUCAGACAAAAAUCGCUCCGAAUAUGAUAUAUCACGCGAUCGCUGCUGUCUUUACAGAUAAGGGAACUCCUGAAGAAUUGGCGGAAAAAUACCAAGAAUUGGUACUAAAGCGAGAGACAGGAGCCAUUGUUGCCUUUCAACCGAUUCGCACAAAUAAGAGGCGACACAACAACCUCGAGAAGAAGUCGGAGCCCUGCGGUUCCCAAUGUUUCCUUCAUAUUGAUUCCGUGAAAGAGAAGAUCAUUAAAGAGAAACAAAAACAAGAGGAAAGGCGUUCGUCGAGGAAUCAAAACAAUGGUAACGACAGCGGAAACGAUGCGAGCAGUGAAGACAGCAACGACUCAAUCAAAUCGCUGCCAAUUAAAGACACUCAAAGCAAAAGUCGUUCCCAAAGCCGUUCCCAUUCGCCCCAACUCUCCAACUCUGAGAUAUCGUCUAAUAAGAUGUGUUCGGACGAAGACAGCAAUAACCCGCAGAUGACUCCGAAGCGUAACAAAUACCGGCCCUCUAAGAACUUCUCGCCGCCCAAUAACCACGACUACUGUCUCCCUCCGCCCUCUCCCGACGACGAGUUACUUCCCACGAGUAGUGAAGUUGUGUCCACAAUAAGUCUGUCCGACAUUAACACUGAAUGGAGUGGUUCUGAACAGUCGUUGUUUCGCGUACUCAUCAAAACUCUUUACAAUAAUUACUGUAUUAUUGCGUCAAUCCUGAAGAGCAAGUCCUGCGCAGAGGUCUAUGUAUUCGCUCAGAAAGAGUUGACAGACUGUCCACAAGAGGACCACAUUAUAGACAAAACACCGCCGCGUAAGAAGAAAAAGAAGCACAGAUUGUGGUCCAAUCACUGCCGCAAAUUCCAACUCAAAAAGGACGGCACCUCUAAUCACGUCUAUAACUACACUCCAUGUGACCAUCCGGGCCAGUCAUGCGACCAGUCCUGUCCCUGUGUUAUGGCUCAGAAUUUUUGUGAAAAGUUCUGUAAUUGUAGUUCCGAUUGCGCCCAACGGUUCCCGGGCUGUCGGUGUAAAGCCCAGUGUAAUACCAAACAAUGUCCCUGUUAUCUGGCGGUCAGAGAGUGCGACCCUGACCUCUGUCAGGCCUGUGGCGCAGAUCUAUUUGACGCCCGAAACAUUAGCUGUCGUAACGUUAGUGUUCAGAGAGGAAUGCGGAAACACCUGCUGUUGGCGCCGUCAGACGUGGCCGGUUGGGGCAUAUUCUUGGAGGGAAGCGCUCAGAAAAAUGAGUUCAUUAGUGAAUAUUGCGGUGAAAUCAUAUCACAAGACGAGGCCGACCGCAGGGGAAAGGUUUACGACAAAUAUAUGUGUAGUUUUCUAUUCAAUCUGAACAAUGACUUUGUUGUGGACGCCACCCGAAAGGGGAAUAAAAUUCGGUUCGCAAACCAUUCAGUGAACCCCAACUGUUACGCAAAGUGGUUAAUCGCCGCAGCGAAUGAAUCAAAUGAUAAGACCUCGUCUUCAUAUAAAAUGGACAAUCAUUUCGAGACAAACAAAUCAGUCGUGAGUUCGAGCGAUGACUCAACGAAACUGGAUUUGGAUUAUGAAUUAGACCUGAGUUUGAGUUCAUGUGAAGAGUUAUAUGAGAUCCCAAUGGAAGACCUGCUGUCGUCCCCCUCUUGGAAACAAAUAAAAGAGGAGGGGAGGGCGGGGGACAGACAGACACUAACAUCAAGAGGGUCCUCAGGGUUCGCAGACAGGAGAGCCCCGACCCUUGCAGACGGGUUCGACCAUUCAGUCGAAGGCGUUAAAAACGCGUCCAAAAUAGGCGAGAAGAUGGCCUCAAAGUUUUUGACCAAACCUUCUGGAGUGUGA